AUGGCUCGUUCUUCCUUGCCCAACCGCCGCACCGCCCAGUUCGAAGCGAACAAGAGGAGGACCAUUGCACAUGCUCCAUCUCCAAGUCUUUCAAAUGGGAUGCACACUCUAACGCCGCCCACCUGUAACAAUGGUGCUGCCACUUCAGACUCCAAUAUACAUGUAUAUGUAAGGUGCAGAUCGCGUAAUAAGCGAGAAAUAGAGGAAAAAAGUAGUGUAGUUAUAUCUACACUAGGCCCACAAGGGAAAGAAAUCAUUCUGUCCAACGGUUCUCACCAAUCGUAUUCGUCCUCGAAGAAAACUUACCAAUUUGAUCAGGUGUUCGGCGCAGAAUCUGACCAGGAAACAGUGUUUAAUGCCACUGCAAAAAACUACAUUAAGGAAAUGUUGCACGGGUACAAUUGUACAAUAUUUGCAUACGGUCAAACGGGAACAGGUAAAACCUACACUAUGUCUGGCGAUAUAAAUAUUCUCGGUGAUGUGCAAUCUACCGAUAAUCUAUUAUUAGGAGAGCAUGCAGGUAUCAUACCACGGGUUCUGGUCGAUUUGUUUAAAGAAUUGAGCUCCUUAAAUAAAGAGUACUCCGUAAAAAUAUCCUUUUUAGAGUUGUACAAUGAAAAUUUGAAAGAUCUGCUCUCUGAUAGUGAGGACGAUGAUCCUGCAGUCAACGAUCCCAAGAGGCAGAUUCGUAUUUUUGACAAUAACAACAAUAAUUCAUCCAUCAUGGUCAAGGGGAUGCAGGAAAUCUUUAUUAACUCUGCACACGAAGGCUUGAAUUUGCUAAUGCAGGGUUCGUUAAAAAGGAAAGUGGCCGCUACUAAAUGCAACGAUCUUUCAUCAAGGUCUCACACCGUCUUUACAAUCACAACAAACAUAGUUGAGCAAGAUAGCAAAGACCAUGGACAAAACAAAAAUUUUGUUAAAAUUGGCAAAUUGAAUUUGGUGGAUUUGGCAGGCAGUGAAAACAUCAACAGAUCGGGUGCGGAGAAUAAAAGGGCUCAAGAAGCUGGCCUAAUAAACAAAUCGCUGCUAACACUAGGCCGUGUUAUCAACGCACUCGUUGAUCAUUCUAACCAUAUACCUUACAGAGAAUCUAAGCUAACAAGAUUGCUACAAGACUCUUUAGGUGGUAUGACGAAAACAUGCAUUAUCGCAACUAUAUCACCUGCGAAAAUAUCCAUGGAAGAGACUGCAAGUACGCUAGAAUAUGCAACGAGAGCCAAAUCAAUUAAGAAUACUCCACAAGUAAAUCAGUCUUUAUCGAAGGAUACAUGUCUCAAAGACUACAUUCAAGAGAUUGAAAAAUUAAGAAAUGAUUUGAAAAAUUCAAGAAACAAACAAGGUAUAUUUAUAACUCAAGAUCAGUUGGACCUUUACGAGAGCAAUUCUAUCUUGAUUGAUGAGCAAAAUCUAAAAAUACAUAACCUGCGAGAACAAAUUAAAAAAUUCAAAGAAAACUACCUGAACCAAUUAGAUAUCAAUAAUCUUUUACAGUCUGAAAAGGAAAAACUAAUUGCCAUAAUACAGAAUUUUAAUGUCGAUUUUUCUAACUUUUACUCGGAAAUCCAAAAAAUUCACCAUACUAAUCUCGAACUAAUGAAUGAAGUCAUACAACAGAGAGAUUUUUCACUAGAAAAUUCUCAAAAACAGUAUAAUACGAACCAGAACAUGCAAUUAAAAAUCUCUCAACAAGUUUUACAGACUUUGAACACUUUACAGGGCUCUUUAAAUAAUUAUAACUCUAAAUGUUCCGAAGUUAUCAAAGGCGUCACCGAAGAACUAACCAGGAACGUAAAUACCCAUAAGGCGAAACACGAUUCUACUCUCAAAUCGUUAUUAAACAUUACUACUAACUUAUUGAUGAAUCAGAUGAACGAACUGGUGCGUAGUAUUUCGACUUCAUUGGAAAUAUUUCAGAGUGAUUCUACUUCUCACUAUCGUAAAGAUUUGAAUGAAAUCUACCAAUCACAUCAACAAUUUCUAAAAAAUUUACAAAACGAUAUUAAAAGCUGUCUUGAUUCGAUAGGCAGUUCAAUUCUAACUUCCAUAAACGAAAUAUCGCAAAAUUGCACCACUAACUUGAAUAGUAUGAAUGUUUUAAUAGAAAACCAGCAGUCAGGAUCAUCGAAAUUAAUUAAAGAGCAAGAUUUAGAAAUAAAAAAACUGAAAAACGAUCUGAUCAAUGAGCGCAGGAUUUCUAACCAAUUCAACCAACAGUUGGCUGAAAUGAAGCGAUAUUUUCAGGAUCACGUUUCCAGGACGCGUAGUGAAUUCCACGACGAACUUAACAAAUGUAUCGAUAACCUAAAAGAUAAACAAUCUAAGUUGGAUCAAGAUAUCUGGCAGAAGACGGCCUCUAUUUUCAACGAAACAGAUAUCGUAGUUAAUAAAAUUCAUUCCGACUCAAUAGCAUCCCUCGCUCAUAAUGCUGAAAACACUUUGAAAACGGUUUCUCAGAACAAUGAAAGCUUUACUAACGAUUUAAUCAGUCUAUCACGCGGAAUGAACAUGGACAUAUCCUCCAAACUGAGAAGUUUGCCCAUCAAUGAAUUUUUAAACAAGAUAUCACAAACCAUUUGUGAAACCUGUGGCGAUGAUAACACAAUCGCAUCAAAUCCAGUAUUGACCUCUAUUAAAAAAUUUCAAAAUAUAAUUUGUUCAGACAUUGCCCUAACAAAUGAGAAGAUCAUGUCAUUAAUAGAUGAAAUACAAUCACAAAUUGAAACCAUAUCUAAUGAAAACAAUAUCAAUUUGAUUGCAAUAAAUGAAAAUUUUAAUUCUUUGUGCAAUUUUAUAUUAACUGAUUACGAUGAGAAUAUUAUGCAAAUCUCAAAAACACAAGAUGAGGUGCUUUCUGAACAUUGCGAGAAGCUACAAUCACUGAAAAUACUGGGUAUGGACAUUUUCACUGCUCACAGCAUAGAAAAACCCCUUCAUGAGCAUACAAGACCUGAAGCGUCAGUAAUCAAGGCUUUACCCUUAUUGGAUUAUCCAAAACAAUUUCAGAUUUAUAGGGAUGCUGAAAAUAAGAGCAAAGACGACACAUCUAAUUCUCGUACUUGUAUACCAAACUUGUCAACUAAUGAAAAUUUUCCUCUUUCACAAUUCAGUCCAAAAACCCCAGUGCCAGUGCCUGAUCAACCUCUACCAAAAGUUCUUAUACCGAAAAGCAUAAACUCGGCCAAGUCCAAUAGAUCAAAGACCUUACCAAAUACAGAGGGUACUGGACGAGAAUCGCAGAACAAUUUGAAGAGAAGAUUUACCACCGAGCCAAUAUUGAAGGGAGAAGAAACUGAAAAUAAUGACAUACUGCAAAAUAAAAAACUUCAUCAAUAA